UAUUACUUGUAAAAAACUGUGUUUUCACCUUUCACACACAAGCAAUGACAGUAAAUCGAUCGAUUAGGGUUCCUAAUCUACCGUUCGAUUUCCCGAAGAUACAAUAAUUGGAGGUUUCUGUUUACAUUCUGUUCUGGAGAGAGAGCGCAAGAGCAACAACAAGAGCAAUAAAUCGUUGUCUGUGGACGCUCACAUCUCCAUUGCCGAUUGCCUUGCUGCCUUCAUCAACUCCUUUUCGGUCACCCUUCGGUUAGAUCUCCUCCGAUCAGUCUGUAUUAGUGCAUGCUAGCAGCAGUUGAAAGAUAUUUGAUUCCGCUAUUGAAUUGUUUGAUUAUUUAUGGAAGCCUAACAAUAAAGUGAUACAGUGCAACAUAAGCAAGCAAUGGGGACUGAAAAUCCAAACCGUGUGAAUACUUAUCCAGGGCCAACUCCUACUCCUUUUGCAGCUCCUCGAAGCAACAUGCCCAUUUCUUCUUCUCAUCCUGUGGUUGGAUCAGAGGCCUCUGCUUUCAGGCCAACAUCAGUCCCUGCAACAUUAACUACUCCAUUUUCUUCUCCUGGGCCCACGGUUGGAUCCGGGACUCCUGGUUUUAGACCCAUGCAACCAGGUAGGCCUACUCCUUCAUAUGGCCCACCAACCACAGGACCUACACAGCGUUUCCCAACUCCACCGUUCCCCUCAGCAGCUCAACCAUCCAUGCCACCAACUUCCGGUGUGGGGCAGCCCAUAUUCCCUCCAACAAUGAGACCUCCACCUCCCGGCCAUGUUCCACCAAUGUCAACCUCCCUAAAUCGUCCGCCACCACCAGCACCAAUGGGAUCCCCACCCCAAAGCUUGUACAGUGUUUCUUCUAGGCCAAACAUGCAGCAACCUACACUCCCAACAGGACCACCAUCUUCUUUACCUGGCUAUAUACAGAGUAACACAGUAACAUCACCACCACCACCGCCUCCACCAGGUUCUCAUCAAGGAGGCUAUACCCCUCAGCCAACCGCAUCUUCUCCUUUUUCUUCUAAUCAAGGAGGUUAUACCCCUCAGCCAACUGCAUCUUCUCCUUUUUCUUCUAAUCAAGGAGGUUAUACCCCUCAGCCAGCUGCAUCUUCUCCUUUUCCUUCUAAUCAAGGAGGUUAUAACCCUCAGCCAACCGCAUCUUCUCCUUUUCCUUCUCAUCAAGGAGGUUAUGUCCCUCAGCCAACUGCAGCUGCUCCUUUUUCUUCUCAUCAAGGUGCUUAUGGACAACCUCCACCAGGAGCAUCUCAACCAGGAAUGUAUGUGGGAGGCUCCGCACCUCCAACGGGAGCUAUGGCGGGUGGUUUGGUAGAAGAAUUUAGCUCACUUUCUCUAGGAUCUACGCCUGGAUCAUUUGAUGUUGGGCUUGAUAGUAAAGUGCUGCCAAGACCACUGGAUGGUGAUGUAGAACCAACUGCUUUUGCUGGGAUGUAUCCCAUGAAUUGUGAUUCUAGAUUCCUACGACUUACCACUAGUGCUAUACCAAAUUCACAGUCUCUGGUUUCAAGGUGGCAGUUGCCUCUUGGAGCAGUUGUUUGUCCCCUGGCAGAAGCUCCUGAGGGGGAGGAAGUUCCAAUAGUUAAUUUUGCUACAACGGGCAUUGUGCGUUGUAGAAGAUGUCGUACAUAUGUGAACCCGUAUGUGACUUUUACAGAUGGUGGAAGAAAGUGGAGAUGCAAUAUAUGUGCUUUGCUUAAUGAUGUGCAAAAUGAUUAUUUUGCUCAUUUGGAUGCCACUGGAAAAAGAGUUGAUCUGGAUCAACAUCCCGAGCUUACAAAGGGUUCUGUGGAAUUUGUUGCUCCUGCUGAGUACAUGGUUCGGCCUCCAAUGCCACCACUGUACUUUUUCUUGAUCGAUGUGUCGAUAUCUGCAGUUAAAAGUGGAAUGCUUGAGGUGAUGGCACAAACUAUAAAAUCCUGUUUGGAUAAGUUGCCAGGCAGCCCCAGAACACAGAUUGGGUUCAUUACUUUUGACAGCACCGUUCAUUUUUAUAAUAUGAAGUCAUCUUUGACACAGCCUCAAAUGAUGGUCGUCUCAGAUUUGGAUGAUAUUUUUGUUCCGUUGCCAGAUGAUCUCCUUGUCAACUUAUCAGACUCUAGACCUGUGGUUGAGGCAUUCCUGGAUAGCUUGCCUUCCAUGUUUCAGGACAAUGUCAAUGUUGAAUCUGCUUUUGGGCCAGCCCUCAAAGCAGCUUUUAUGGUUAUGAGCCAACUUGGAGGGAAAUUGUUAAUUUUCCAGAGCACUCUUCCCUCACUUGGUGUUGGUCGUUUGAGGUUGCGUGGAGACGAUCUUCGUGUUUAUGGAACAGAUAAAGAACAUGCUUUAAGAAUACCAGAAGACCCAUUUUAUAAACAGAUGGCAGCCGAUUUUACUAAAUUCCAGGUUGCAGUCAAUAUAUAUGCAUUCAGUGACAAGUAUACUGAUAUAGCUUCACUAGGCACUUUGGCAAAAUACACUGGUGGGCAGGUAUAUUAUUAUCCAAGCUUCCAUUCUGCCAUUCAUACAGAGAAGCUGAGACAUGAGUUGGCUAGAGAUCUUACUAGAGAAACUGCAUGGGAAGCUGUGAUGCGUAUCAGAUGUGGGAAAGGAGUGCGUUUCACUUCUUAUCAUGGAAACUUUAUGCUAAGAUCCACAGAUCUUUUAGCACUUCCAGCCGUAGACUGUGACAAAGCUUAUGCAAUGCAAUUUGCUCUUGAAGAGACAUUGCUCACAACUCAGAUUGUAUAUUUCCAAGUGGCUUUAUUAUACACUGCAUCUUGUGGUGAAAGGCGUAUUAGAGUACACACCGCUGCAGCAUCAGUGGUUGCAGAUUUAGGAGAAAUGUAUCGCCAGGCAGAUACUGGUGCCAUUGUUUCCUUACUUGGUAGAUUAGCAAUUGAAAAAUCUUUGACGUAUAAAUUGGAAGACGCGCGUAACGCGAUCCAACUAAGAAUCGUGAAAGCUCUAAAAGAAUACAGAAAACUUCAUGCUGUGCAGCAUCGUGUGGGAAACAGGAUGAUUUACCCAGAAUCAUUAAAAUAUUUAUCUAUUUACGGAUUGUCACUAUGUAAAUCAACCGCACUUCGUGGUGGGUAUGCUGAUGCACAGCUUGAUGAAAGAUGUGCAGCAGGUUUUACCAUGAUGGCUUUACCCGUUAAGAAAAUGUUAAAACUCUUAUAUCCUAGCCUGUUACGAGUCGACGAGUAUCUUGUGAAGGCACCUAGAGUUGAUGGUGAAUUUGAGAGAAUUUGUAAACGGCUUCCACUUGUUGCAGAGAGUUUGGAUUCACGAGGGAUUUAUAUAUUUGAUGACGGUUUUCGUUUUGUGGUGUGGUUUGGGCGCAUGCUUUCGCCUGAUUUAGCCAGGAAUCUAGUAGACGAGGAUUCAUCUGCUUCAGACUUCUCCAAGAGCCAGGUUUGUCUGAAUGAACGUGAGAAUGAAUUAUCCAUCGACAAGUCCAGCAAUAAUAUAUUAAUAUCCACCAGGGGGACUUCAAAUCAAAUACAUGAAUUUGAAUUAAUUUUUAUAACCGUUUGAGUUGAUGCCAAGGACAUCUUUUUAUCGGGAACUUAUCUAUCUAUCUAAUAUCUAUGGUGCUGAUAAGACGUCAUCCUGUUUGUUUGCUUCUUCACCAUGGAUUUUUGUUUCACUAGGCUAUAUUUUUAAGUUAUAUAUAUACUCAUACACGAUUGUUUUCUUUUUCUUGAACCAAGGUUUCAAAGCCAAUUUAAGCAUGGCCCAACAUAAAACCUUUGUUUUAUUGAUUGAUGAAUUUUCAUAGGAGAGAUGAAACGAGGGCGUUUUCUUUUUGGCAGGAGGGUAUUCAGUAUUGUGUGUCAUUUGAUUAGAGUAACGUUUGAUAGACUAGUGUUGCUUUUUUGUUGCCAAAAACCUUGUGUGUAAUUCGUUUUUCCUGUCAUAAAAUUGUGGUCUAGAUAUGUAAACGUUUUUUUGGUAAAUUAACUAUUAAUAUCGAGACAACUGUGGAUUGUAUA